UUGUAGUGGCUUGAGGGUGAUAGCCUACUUGUGUUGUGUCGUCUGAUACAGUAAGAAGUUUGGAUAAUUGGCUCUCUCUCUCUCUCCAUUAUUAGUACGAGUUGCCCGCCUGCUGCUGAGAGCCCGGCUUAUAUAUAUUUGUUCAUAAUUAUAACUGCUGGAGUGACGAGGCAAACUUGUUAUAUUCAUAAUUUAGUUAUUACUCGGUGUAGACAGAUCUGAGUCGGUUAUUCUCACGAUUUGUACACAGUGAAAGGCUUGUACUGUAACUUAGAUGAAAAUAAGCAGUGAUUACAGAUUGAAAGAGACUGAAUUUUUUGGGGUGUUUUGUUUAGUAGGAGUGCUAUUUAGUGAUCAUUGAGAGCUCUCUAGUAGGGUUUAGUAGCUGUAAGACAGAAGGCAAGCGAUGACAUAUUAAUGAGUGGAGUGAACAUAUAGUCAGUCAUGUGAAAACCUGUGAUGUGUUUAGGACUACUGGUGUCAGUCAGAAGUGUGUUGUAAUACAGGGAAACAAAAACUCAGACUGUUCAGUACGAAUUAGUACCAGAAAUUUAGUAAAAGCAUGAUUGGAAAUAACUUCAGCAAAACAGUAAUAAUUUAGGAUUGUGGAUUUAAGAAUUAGCUGCAUUCAUUGAAUGUUUGAAUGAUGUGUCAAGGUCAUAAAGAAGAAAUAUGGCAUAGAUGAUAACGAACGACAUGAAUUUUGCUGAUAAUUAAAAAAAGAGAGAUAUAUAGCCAAACAAAAUGGCUGCCAUUUUAGGAAUUUUAACUUUAUUUAUUGGCCUGUUUGGGCAGCUGGUGUAUGGGAAAUAUUUGGGUGGAAACCUGAAUAAAAUGACAAUAGACAACUAUACAGGAACAGUUUAUAUCGGGGCUGUGAAUAAAAUAUACCAAUUAGAUGCCAAUUUAACCACGAUAGCAGAGAUAGGAACAGGACCCCGGAACGAUAGCCCCAACUGUUUACCUGCCACAGAUUCGUGUUCCUACCCAAAACAAAGGACGGAUAACUACAAUAAAAUUCUAGUCAUCGAUCGGCAUCGUCAGAAACUUAUCACUUGCGGUAGUAUAUAUCAAGGUGCUUGUGAAAUGAGAAAUUUAGACGACAUCACCAAAUUUAGGGUUUUAUACGACGGAAAUAGUGUCACGGAUUACGCUGUUGCUGCCAACGAACCCAAUGCCUCAACUGUAGCCUUUGUUGCUCCAGGCCCUAAUGCACAAGAUGUUCUUUAUGUUGGUACAGCGUAUACUGGAAAAACAAGAGAAAACAAAAUUUAUCGCGAUGAAGUGCCUGCGCUGAGUAGUCGUAGCUUAAGAAGUGAACGAUUCUCAUUGGCUGCCGUUACUGAUGUCCUUCAAGGAAAGUCUUCUUCCAUUUAUCUAAAGCGCGAAGUUGCCGCCAUCUAUCCAAUAGAAUACGUGGCAGGAUUCAGCUCGUUGCAUUAUAGUUACUUUCUCACGGUUCAGAAGGCUUCGAUCCAUCCUACGAGACAAAUCAAAAACAUCACGAAAAUAGUUCAUAUUUGUCAAAAUGAUCCCAAUUUCUUCUCAUACGCGGACAUGCCUUUAAAAUGUGUUUCUGGUAACAAGGAUUAUAACAUCAUCAAAGCAGCAGCCAUUGUGGUACCGUCAUUGGAUUUACGCGCUUCUCUGUUAAUCGAACCGGAGCAAGAUGUGUUAGUUGGUUUGUUCUCACGUUACGAUGAGCAGUAUGCGCAGACGGAUUCCGCCAUUUGUGUUUACAGUAUGAAGGAAGUACGAACAAAGAUUCUGGAAAAUAUCAAACUCUGUCACCAAGGUAACACGUCUGUCAGUGGAGGAGGAUAUAUGAGAGUGGGUCCAGGUGGAAAUUGCAAUCAACAGAGUGGUUUGGUUACACACAAUAUAGAAGAAGAUGAUGAAUAUUUAUGCAAUACGAAUCUAGAGAGUUUCUCCAUGGUGGUUGGGAUCAAUCCCAUGGUUAAACCACCUGCCAUUACCUACAGCGGUACAUCGUUAACUUCUGUAGCUCUUACCACCAUCAACGAACAUACAGUGGCUUUUGUCGGAACAUCUGAAGGAGAACUGAAAAAGAUUGUGUUGGAGACAGAUUUAAAGGCUAGAGAAUAUGGUAGUGACAUAGUCGAUGCUGGAAGCCCAGUAAAGCAGGACAUGAUGUUUGACGUGCCCCAUAAAAAUAUCUAUGUUAUGACGGAAACCAAUGUAACUAGAGUGAUGGUAGAGAGAUGUAAUCAGUAUAAAUUAUGUAACAACUGUUUAUCAGAUCGGGAUCCUUACUGUGGUUGGUGUUCUCUGGAACAAAGGUGCACCUUGAAGUCUGUGUGUCCAAAUUCUGGAGAUCCAACCCAGUCUCGAUGGUUACACGGUAGCGCCAAUCAGUGUAUAUAUAUUACGAACAUUACACCAAAAACCACUUCUGUUACCACGGUCGCAGAGCUCCAUUUGACAAUACCACAGUUACCUCAGACAAGUACCUAUAGUUGUGUUUACCGGGAAUUAAACUGGAGUUCUCCAGCGGAGAUGUGGUAUUUUGGUGCCAAAUGUCCCACACCAGAUUUCUCCAAGUUGGCUCCAGCACUCACUGUUGAAGGAUCAAAGACGAUCACUCUGGCACUGAAUUCCAGCGAAACUGGCAAACUCUUCGUGACAAAGCCGUUUACGUUUUAUAAUUGUACCAACUUCAAAGACUGUACAAGUUGCACAAAUUCUGAAUUUGAAUGUGAUUGGUGUAUCUAUGACAACGGCUGUUUCCAUGACACUAAACACUGCAACGAGAAUAUUAUCCGUGGAAAAGGAAGCAGCAAACCAGGAGUACGUGGCGCAUUACAUUGUCCCAGAAUAGAUUCAGAACAGACAGGAGAACUGAACAUUCCUGUCGAUGUGACCAGAGUCAUCCUCCUCAAAGGAUACAAUUUUCCCCGAUUACGACCCAACCACGCUAGUUAUAGAUGUGAAAUCAACACUGGUGAAAAAAUAUACGAGGCUCAAGCCGAACGACUGGAUGAUCGCCACAUCACAUGUAAUAUGCCAAAGAUUAAUUACUUUGCUGAGAAAGGAAGUAUAGAUGCCCAUCUGUCUGUUUAUUGGGGCAAUGAUUUUACUCUAGAAGCUACCACAUAUCUUACAGCCACCCUAUAUAAAUGUGGAGUUUUAGCCAAUAAAGAAUGUGGAUUGUGUAUCAAUAUAAAUUACACCAAGCCAUUUCUCAACUGUCGUUGGUGUUCUGAUUCUUGUCAGUAUAUGACAAAAUGUCCACUUCCUCCUGUUUCAUCGUGUCCUGCACCUAGAAUAUCUUACGUAUGGCCGAUGUCUGGACCGAUUCACGGAGGUACCAACGUAACGAUUGAAGGAACUAAUCUAGGAGCUAAGUUUGAGGAUAUUAAGAAUUCUGUGACCAUCGCUAGUGUAAAAUGUACACCUUACAGACAUCUCUACUCCCCUUCCAGAAGGAUCGUUUGUCGAGCUGAAUGGAGAGGACAGGUAGCCACAGGACCAAUAGAAAUCUCUAUUAAUGGUGAUGUCACAACUUACACGGAAGAAUUCUCUUAUAGGAGUCCAAUGUUAAAACAGAUUAAUCCAAGUCAUGGUCCUAUAGCAGGUGGUUCAAUGAUAACCAUCAGUGGUGAACAUCUUGAUACUGGUGGUGUUAUACAUGCUAACUUUGGUGAUGCACCUUGUGUUGUUGACAGAGCAACAAUAACAUCCAAACAAUUGGUCUGUCAGACAACUAAAGUAUGGAAAGCUGAACCCAAGACACCAAUCAGUUUAUCAUAUGAUGGUCAAGUUUUCUCUCUCACUCAUGAUUUUAUUUACAAAGAGAAUCCAGAAAUAGUGAGAAUAUUUCCUAGAAAGAGUGUUGCCAGUGGAGGGAGAUAUUUGAAUGUAGAAGGAAGUAAUUUUGAGUGUAUACAGAAACCCCAGAUGUUUGGCUAUAUACCAACAGCUGAUGGUGAAUUUGAUUUAACUGAGGCUACGGUCUGCAGAGUUGUGAGUGACACGAUGAUGAAAUGUCCCACACCACGGCUACCAUCCACCUUGCAGAAUGUAGUCCGUACUAAAAGAUCAACAAGAAUUGUUACUGUGCAGCUUGGUUUUAAGAUGGAUGGUGUUAUGGCCCUAAGAAAUUUAACAGGUCUUGGUGUAAAAUCUAAUUUGGCGUAUUAUCCUGACCCUGUUGUGUUUAAUUUUACGGAAGAUAACCAUAUUAAAACAUUUAAAGGAGAAAUGCUGAUAAUUGAGGGUGACGCUCUUUCAUUAGCGUCUGAUAAAUCAGAUGUCAAGGUCAUGAUAGGUAACGGAAUAUGUAAUAUUACGACCUUAUCUAAUACUCAAAUUGUAUGUCUGCCACCAAUCCGUCAACCAAAAGUUGUUGACAAGAAAGAUGAAGUCACAGACAACCAGUUACCAGUUGUUGUGGUACAGAUUAACAAUGUCCGAUAUCAAGUUGGUAAGGUACAGUACGAGAUACCUGAAGCCUACGCAUUCCCGUUUGAAGCCAUUGCUGGUAUCGCGGCUGGUGGUGGAUUUCUCCUUCUGAUCAUCAUCCUCAUUCUCAUUAUCUACAGACGACAAAGUACAAAAGCCGAGAGAAUUUAUCGUAAAUUACAGAUUCAACUGGAUAAUCUGGAGAGUAACGUGAGGAAUGAAUGUAAACAAGCGUUUGCCGAGUUACAGACAGACAUGACCGAUUUAACUGGUGAUUUAUUAUCAAGUGGAAUUCCGUUCUGGGAUUAUCAUACCUAUACAUUUAAAGUUUUAUUCCCUGGAAUGACAGAUCAUGUAGUUCUACAUCCACCAUUGCAGAAGAAUGGCAGAUUCCGAUUCUCAGAUCAAGGCUUACAAAUGUUCCAACAAUUACUUAAUAAAAAACUCUUCCUACUGACAUUUAUCCGAACAUUAGAAAAUCAGCGAAAUUUUAGCAUUCGGGAUAAGGUGAAUGUAGCAUCGUUAUUGAUGAUUGUAUAUCAGAAUAAUAUGGAAUAUGCAACAGAAAUUUUAAAGUCUUUGUUAGUGGAACUUUUAGAGAAAUCUGUUGCAGGACGACAUCCUAAACUCAUGCUUAGAAGAACGGAAUCAGUUGUAGAGAAAAUGUUGACAAACUGGUUAUCUCUCUGUCUGUAUAAAUACAUGAAGGAUCAGGCCGGAUCACCGUUAUUUAUACUAUAUAAGGCAAUAAAACUACAAGCUGAGAAAGGUCCAGUAGAUUACAUGACAGGUGAUGCCAGAUAUUCUCUCUCUGAAGACAGAUUAUUGCGAGAAAAAAUAGAACCACGAGUACUUUCAUUAAAUGUAGAACAUAAUGGAGAGGUAGUAAUGUGUCGUGUAUUAGACUGUGAUACCAUAACACAAGCCAAAGAGAAAAUCAUGGAUUAUAUGUAUAGAAAUGUAUCUUUCUCACAUCGACCUUCAGUACAAGAUUUAGAUCUAGAAUGGCGAAAUGGCCCUGUUGGUCCAGUAUUAUUGAAUGAUGAAGAUGGCGCCUCCAUACAUAAAGAUGGAUGGAAGAAAAUAAAUAACCUAUCGUUUUAUCGUGUACCAGAUGGCGCCAAUCUCUCCCUGGUGCAUAAACAAACAACCAUAAAAUCUAUGAAUGGUUCCCUCGACCAUUCAGUGUUGUCUGUGAGUUCUGCCUUCCCCAUCAUGAAAUCAGACAUGGAACAUCAGAACGCUAAAGUCUGGCAUCUGGUGAAACAUGAUGAUGUGCAUCAGAAAGAUGGUGGGGUUAAAAUGAUUUCAGAAAUAUUCCUUACCAGACUCCUUUCAACUAAGGGAACAUUACAGAAAUAUAUUGAUGAUUUUUUCCGUACCAUUUUAACUCAGACAUACACCUUACCCCCUGUGAUAAAAUACUUGUUUGAUUUCCUUGAUGAUGCGGCUGAUCAUCACGGAAUCACAGAUCCUGAUGUUGUACAUACGUGGAAGUGUAACAGUUUACCUUUGAGAUUUUGGGUGAACAUUAUUAAAAACCCUGAUUUUGUGUUUGAUAUUCACAAACCCCACAUUGUGGAUUCCUGUCUUUCUGUCGUAGCUCAAACUUUUAUGGACAGUUGUUCAACAUCUGAACAUCGUCUAGGAAAGGAUUCUCCAAGCAAUAAAUUAUUAUUCGCUAGAGAUAUUGUCCACUAUAGAAAAUUAGUCGAAAAAUAUUUCACCGACAUCCGCAACAGUCCUACAAUAAGCGAUCAAGAUAUGAAUUCAUAUUUAGCUGAAAUCUCUAGGAUGUCUUGUGGUAAAUUCUACAUUUCUAGUGCUUUACGAGAAUUAUAUACAUAUGUUUCUAAAUAUAGUAACGAACUAGUUGAGGCCUUGGAGCAGGACAAUAUCGCACAGGCCCAACAACUUGACUCGAAACUGGGUCAAGUCAUCACAGCCAUGGAGGGUCCAUCAAGUCGUAUUGCUUACGUGUAGGACCACAAGACACAGGCUGGAACUAUAACCUACAGAGGACCUGGACAAGUUUAUUUGAAAUUUCCAUGGAUUUAGUGCCGGAUUGUGGAACCAUUUUGAUUGGUUCAGACUUUUACAAUCUGUAAGCAGACCAAAAACCAUUCCUUUGUGAUCAAAGCAUAAACAAUGGAAAUUAUGACCGCAGUUUUAUUUUUUGAAAAAGAAACUGAUUCGUUUCUGGAGGACAUUUAUAUAAAUUAAACCCCUUCUGCCAAUUCCUGUAAUAUUUUAAUCGUGUGUUUUUCGAGUGAUAGACGAUUCAUAUAUUUAUCCAAUCAUUGCGAGAGGUGUGAAUUAAUUAAGUGCUGAACUCUUUUUGAUAUUCAAUGGCGACAAUGGUAACCAUGACAACAAGAGAUAAACCAUAAUAAUAAUAGUAUUACACAGUGAUAUUAAUAAACAGUGAUUUUACAAGUUACCCCAAUUGCUUAUAUACUGAGAAUUACGACUUUAUGUCAUCUAUAUAAGUUUUAUCUUCGAAACGGACAAAAGGGUAAUUAUGGAAUCUGGUCAAGUACGAUAUUGCCUUGAUGUACAAGUAUUUAGACUUAUUGUUCCAGUUCUUUAAAAGGCUGUAAACUACUAAUAAUAAAAUUUUUAAUACUUGUCUUAAAAAUGAAGAUUUUAAAAUACACGAAAAAAAAAAAAUCUUCUAUGAUAAAGUUUCAAGAAAAAAAAAAACUUCCAGCGAAACGAA